UCUUUAUAUAGAAAGCGUUUUACAAAAUAUCAUUUGAAAAUCCUAUUACUUUUAAGUUUGUGUAUGAACGAAAAAAAUUAAAACAAAAGACCCAAAAACUCAAGAUAAAAAUCAAAUAUCAUUAUGGCUUUUUAUUCGAAAAGUGUGAAUGAUAUCGGUGUGGAAAUUGAUCGACCAAAAUUAUAUAGAGGAUUUGAUGCACAAUUUAUUUUUCAAAACUCCAAUGCUACAAGUGAUAGAGAAUCAACUGUUUCGCGACAAGCAUCUAGCGGAGGUGGAAUUUAUUCCAGAUAUAUCAAUCCUACAAUAUGUACUGCGAAAAUUGAUACUAGCAUGGAAAGCAUUAGCGAUGUUCCUUCAUCAGUUCCUCCAUUAGAUCUAAACUCGUCUGGGGAAACAAUGCCAUCAACUGAUAGCGCACCAAAUGCAAGUUUUACCAUACAAACAUGUGAAGCUAAUAGAAUAUCCCAAUCCAAUGCGUUUUAUAAUUGGCUUUCUGGCAAAAAAAGACUUAAGUCAUUAGAACAAACAAAACAAAAGCAAAUCGAAGAAGAACGUCAACGGCAACUUGAAGAGCGAAAACAACUUGCCGAAAAGAAAUACCAAGAAUGGUUGGCCAAUAAAAUUCACCAACCCAAAGACAACCCACAAGGCCAUCCAACCUCAGAAUUGCAAGAAUAUGAAGAAGUUUGUCAAACUAAUGAUGAUAGCGAGAGUAAUAGAAAAGCUUGGGAACAAAAGAAAAUUGAAGAACAACGUCGAAGGCGAGAACAAGAACUAAAGGACAAAAAGCAUCAACGGCUUUUGGAAGCACAACGAAAACAACAAGCUGCUAGAGCUUGGCAAAGUUGGAUAGCUGAAGCUCCACUCAAACCGAAGCCAGUUCCCCUGAAUAAGGGUUUUCUAUCUUUGAAGGGAACAAUUUCUGAUAUUUACAUAAAUCCAAAUCCUUGGCGUGAACCUUUUGAAGAGUUGAAAUGUGAAUAAUAGAACGAUUCGUAUAUUGAAAGCAAAAUAAAUAUUGUUUGCAUUGAACUUUACAUCAUUAAAACAAUUCAAAA